CGCCCUCGCCUCACCUCGCCGGCUCCGAAUGCGGGGAGCUCGGACGUCCGGUUUCCUGUGAGGCUUCUACCUGACCCCGCGCCCCUCCCCGGCCCCGGCCAGCACCGCGACGCGAGGCGUCGGGAGCGCCCAGCCGCGGACCGCUGCCGCCGCCUCCGGCCGCCCUCGGGGGGUCGCCGGCGGCUCCGCGCGCAAGGAGCGCAGCGUCGCGGGGGCGCCACGCGCCCACCCCGCCCCCACCGCGGCCGGGCCGCCGCGCUCCGGGACCUUCCACCAUGCACUUGCUGGGCUUCUGGUCCCUGGCGUGUUCCCUGCUCGCCGCUGCGCUGCUGCGGGGUCCGCGCGACGCGCCCGCCGCCGCCGCCGCCUUCGAGUCGGGACUCGGCUUCUCCGACGCGGAGCCCGACGCGGACGAGGCCCAGGCAUAUGCCGGCAAAGAGCUGGAGGAGCGACUGCGGUCCGUGUCCAGUGUCGAUGAACUCAUGACCGUACUCUACCCAGAAUAUUGGAAAAUGUACAAGUGUCAGUUAAGGAAAGGCGGCUGGCAACAUAAUAAAGAACAGCCCACCGUCAAUGCAAGAACAGAAGACACUGUAAAAUUUGCUGCAGCACAUUAUAAUGCGGAGAUCUUGAAAAGUAUCGACAGCGAGUGGAGGAAGACUCAGUGCCUGCCGCGUGAGGUGUGUAUAGAUGUGGGGAAGGAGUUCGGAGCGGCAACAAACACCUUCUUUAAACCCCCGUGUGUGUCCGCCUACAGAUGUGGAGGCUGCUGCAACAGUGAGGGCCAGCAGUGCAUGAACACCAGCACCAGCUACCUCAGCAAGACGUUGUUUGAAAUUACAGUGCCUCUCUCUCAAGGCCCCAAACCAGUAACAAUCAGUUUUGCCAAUCACACUUCCUGCCGAUGCAUGUCUAAACUGGACGUUUACAGACAAGUUCAUUCAAUUAUUAGACGUUCCCUGCCAGCAACACCACCACAGUGCCAGGCUGCAAACAAGACUUGCCCCACAAACUACAUCUGGAAUGAUCACCUGUGCAGGUGCCUGGCUCAGCAAGAUUUUAUUUUUCCUUCUAAUUCUGGGGAAGACUCUACAGAUGGAUCCCAUGACAUCUGUGGACCCAACAAGGAGCUUGAUGAAGAGACGUGUCAGUGUGUCUGCAGAGGGGGGCUCCGGCCUUCCAGCUGUGGACCCCACAAAGAACUAGACAGAAACUCAUGCCAGUGUGUCUGUAAAAACAAACUUUUACCCAACUCAUGUGGGGCCAACAGAGAAUUUGAUGAAAACACGUGCCAGUGCGUAUGUAAAAGAACCUGUCCAAGAAGUCAGCCCCUAAACCCUGGAAAAUGUGCCUGUGAGUGUACAGAAAAUUCACAGAAAUGCUUCUUAAAAGGAAAGAAAUUUCAACAUCAAACAUGCAGUUGUUACAGAAGACCGUGUACGAAUCGACUGAAGCCUUGUGAACAAGGACUUACAUUUAGUGAGGAAGUGUGUCGCUGUGUCCCUUCGUACUGGAAAAGACCACACGUGAACUAAGGCUGCACUCUUUUCCAACUUGUCACCUGGCGAUCUUGGAAGACCGUGUUGCCACGCUCGAACUGUCGGUGAACAGAGGGACCUUUGUGGGACCCUGUGGACCAAGACAAGUCAGGGUUCGCUGGAGUGUGUGGACGACUUUACAGAAACGGACUGGAGCUCACCUGCAAAAGACCUCUUAUCAAUGACUGGUUUUCUACCAAGGACCAAACAGCUGAGGUUUUUCUCUUGUGAUUAAAAAAAAAAAAAUAAUAAUGACUAUAUAAUUUAUUUCCACUAAAAAGAUUGUUUCUGCAUUCAUUUUUAUAGCAAUAACAAUUGGUAAAGCUCACUGUGAUCAAUAUUUUUAUAUCAUGCCAAAUAUGUUUAAAAUAAAAUGAAAGCUGUAUUAUAAA